UUCGAAAUGCCAAGUUCGUUCGAAAAUUUCCCAAAAAGUGCUCGUGUGUAUUUUCUUUUUCUUCACAAAACUCACAAAAUUGUUAAUAUUUUCAUUUAAAAACAUUACAAAUUGAAAGUAUUUCAAGCAUAAUUUCCAUUGAAUAAGGUAGUUUUUGUAUAAAAAUCGAAGGAAAGUGAAAAUUGUGAGGGGAAAAUUUUGUAGGCACGCCACUUGCACAGACAUCGCACGAAAAAAAAAACUUGAGAAUGUCAUAAAAAUUUUUCUAAACUCAGGAAAAGAAGUUUUUAGUGUUUUAAGUUAGUGAAAAAUAGACCAAAUACAAUGGAGUUUGCUGUACCACCACCACCGACGGGGGCGAACUUUUCAAUACCCCCAACGGGCAUGCCGCGAUCUUUUCAAGGUGGCUUUCAGGGGGGUAUGAUGGGAGGAGGAGCGGGUCGACCCGGAAUGCCCUACUUCCGGUCAAUGUCUGGUUUUCCACGAGGUCCCGGGGGUAUGCCAAUGAGUCAGGAUGAUUUCGACGGGAAGCGCCUCCGGAAGAGUGUAAUGCGGAAAACAGUGGACUACAAUGCCUCCAUAAUUAGGUCUCUUGAGAAUCGUAUAUGGCAGCGAGAUAGUAGAGAUCGGAGAGCACUGCAGCCGGAGAGUAUCUACACACCUGAACUUUUACCACCUCCGAGCUAUAUGGACAACCCGAGCAACUCUGUGACAACAAAGUUCGUCAAGACAGCCACGAAUAAAAUGAAAUGCCCAAUCUUUACGCUUGCCUGGACUCCCGAAGGACGGCGUCUGGUAACGGGAGCCAGUUCCGGAGAGUUUACUCUGUGGAAUGGUCUAACCUUCAACUUUGAGACUAUUCUUCAGGCUCACGAUGCUCCCGUUAGGACAAUGGUGUGGUCCCACAAUGACAACUGGAUGGUGACUGGAGAUCAUGGUGGCUACGUCAAAUACUGGCAAUCGAAUAUGAACAACGUAAAAAUGUAUCAGGCUCACAAGGAACCGAUUCGUGGCAUAAGUUUUAGCCCUUCGGAUAAUAAAUUUGCAACAUGUAGCGACGAUGGAACUCUCCGGGUCUUUGAUUUCUAUCGAUGUGUCGAAGAGAGAGUCCUCAGAGGUCAUGGUGCUGAUGUAAAAUGCGUGCAUUGGCAUCCACAGAAGGCUCUCAUUGUUUCCGGAAGUAAAGACAAUCAGCAACCAAUAAAGCUGUGGGAUCCUAAAAGUGGGCAAGCUCUAGCUACACUACAUGCUCAUAAAUCCACCGUGAUGGACCUCAAAUGGAAUGACAAUGGUAAUUGGCUCGUUACAGCAUCGCGAGAUCACUUGCUGAAGCUCUUUGAUUUACGCAACUUAAGUGAAGAAGUACAAAUAUUCCGGGGGCAUAAAAAGGAGGCGAGUGCCGUGUCGUGGCAUCCAAUUCACGAAGGUCUUUUCAGUUCAGGCGGUUCAGAUGGUUCCGUUCUCUUCUGGAAUGUCGGUACAGACAAGGAAGUUGGUGCCAUUGAUACAGCACACGACAGUAUUGUGUGGACACUCGCAUGGCAUCCACUUGGUCAUAUCCUCUGUUCCGGUUCCAAUGAUCACACCAUUAAGUUCUGGACGAGAAAUCGUCCAGGUGAUCAGAUGCGCGAUCGAUACAAUUUGAAUACACUUCCAGCGAGUCUUCAAGGAUAUGAUGAUUGCGAAAUUGAUGAUCAUGUUGUAAUUCCGGGAAUGGGCCUUGAGGAUAAAUCUGACUUCACGGAAAGUUUAACAGCAGAACGAGACUAUAUCCCUGGCCUUGAUAUUGAGCCUGAGCAUGAUCGUCAUAGAGACAAAAAGCCAUAUAACAAGCCCAUUCCACGUAAGUUCCAAGCUCAAUGGAAUGAUUCUGGCAAAAUGGAGGAAGAAACAACAUCGCAGGAGAUUAAGGAAGUAAUCACGCAGAUUGUUGAGAAUGCACCUGCCACCAGAGGAACCCCCUCGGCUAUUGUAGUCCAAGGAAAGGUUAUUCAAGUCAUAGCGGGAUCUUUGCUGGAGGCUGCAAUCAUUGAAGGACCAGCCGCAUUGAGCCAAUUUAUAAGUUCAGGUGGAAUUGAGGAGCUCAAAGAUGUUUUGCCUGAGGAGAAGACGGAGAAAACAGACGAAGCCGAAGAGGAGGGAGAUGAACCUGCACCCAAACGUACUCUGAUUGAUCACAAUGUCCAAUAUAUUUACGACAAACCAUCGGGUCCAUCAAUUCCAUCACUCAUGGACCUAAAGCUGGAUACUGUGAAUGUGAAUCUUCCGCCAUCAACAGUUCCGCCCAAGUAUGAUCGUGAUCGCCUGAGGAAUGGUACAGGUGAACCGGUGGCUGCCCUCACGAGCCCAUGGCAGUCAACAACAGGUCAACCUGCAGCAGUUACACCAAGUCCUUGGGCAUUUGGGCAAGCACCACAAUCGCUCAAUGAAGUAACUCAAAAUUUCCGGAGUAAUCUCAAUGCGGUUGCAUUUGGCCCAUCCGUUGGUAGUGGUACUGGCAGCAAUGGUAAUGGCAAUGCAGCACGUAAAGUUGAACCCUUCCGCGAUGGGCGCAACCGAAAUGUGGAUGGUGGCACUGACCGAAGUCGACGUGCUGGAUCAGGAGAACGCAGUCGUAGAUCUGGUAACAGGUGGGGAAGGCGUUAGAAGACCCUAAAAUAAAUCUUAUUUAACAAACCUCUAAAUAAUACAAUUAAAUAGGUAAUGAUGUUCAUUUUUAUAUAUAAUUUGCACCUUUUUGCUAUAUAAUAAGAUCAUGUAAAAAAAAUAGAAUAUUUAGAUUAAUAAAAUGAUGUGCUAUUGA